AGACCUCUGUUGACAGUGACAUACAGGUCUGGAUUCAAUCAGAGGUACUUUGUAGACCUCUGUUGACAGUGACAUACAGGUCUGGAUUCAAUCAGAGGUACUUUGUAGACCUCUGUUGACAGUGACAUACAGGUCUGGAUUCAAUCAGAGGUACUUUGUAGACCUCUGUUGACAGUGACAUACAGGUCUGGAUUCAAUCAGAGGUACUUUGUAGACCUCUGUUGACAGUGACAUACAGGCCAGGAUUCAAUCAGAGGUACGUUGUAGACCGCUGCUGACUGUAAAUACAUUUUCAAUUAAUUCCAGUGAGAGAUCCUGAAUAUUACCUCUAGAUGUGUACGUGAUAACGAGGCUAAGCUGUUAUUGUUUUUUUCCUACACCCACGGCGAUGGACGUUACACCGCUGUCUGAGGCCAACCAGGCUGGAGGAGCACUCGCUGAACAUACUUCCAUCACAGCAACUAAUAGAAGCAACACUUUUGCACCAAUAACAACUGGGAAUUCAGUUCAAGGGAACCUGAUCUAUUAUUAUGGCCAUGCCAGGCAGACAGGUGUGGACCCUGGACCGGAGAUGGUUGACCAGAUGACACAACCAAGACUGGUGCCACUGAAUGACCAGAGCAAGAAGAAAGAAAACACCAUUCGCCUCAAAGGCAAGAUCAAAUUAGCCCUUAAGAAGAGGUCCGGGAGCAUACUAGAGGGUGUGACACAAAGUAAAUCAGCCCUUAACAAGGUCUACACAGAGACUUAUAUGGUCACUUGUGAUUCUGCCACCGUCAAUAAAGAACAUGAGGUGUGGCAAGCUGAAACCGCACACCUCCAAAACACCUCGGAGGCCUCUGUCAUAAAAUGUCAAGAUAUCUUCAAGCAUGAUGAAGAAGAACCCAUCAGAUGUGUGGUGUCAAAGGGAGUAGCUGGCAUUGGGAAAACUGUGGCGGUCCAGAAAUUCAUCCUGGACUGGGCAGAUGGGAAAGAGAAUCAACAUCUAGACCUUUUAAUUCUCCUUUCUUUACGGGAUCUAAAUUUGGUUAAACAUGGGCAAUGCAGCCUGCAUGGACUUCUUCAGGUCUUAUACCCUGAACUUAAGGACAUAGACAUAAAGAUGUAUUAUGACCAUAAGAUUUUGUUCAUCUUUGAUGGCCUGGAUGAGAUCCAUAUGCGCACGUAUGAAAUGUUCCAUAUGAAUUGUACAUCCAUUACCUAGUGAACCAAACAAUUGUCAGUUUUAAGAAGUACGAUUCAACUCAUGAAGAUAACUUUGAAGCAAAACAAAGACGUCAUUUUCAAAUUGGGACAGCUAGCGUAUCAGAACCUGUUAAUUCAAAACGUGCAGUUCACAGAACAGGACUUGGAGGACUGUGGUAUUAGUGUCAUGGAUGCUGCUAAAUGCCCUGGCCUGUGUACUGAAGUUGUACAAAUAGAGCAUGGACUGUAUCCCAAGAAACUGUACUGUUUCAUACACCUGAGUGUUCAGGAGUUCUUCGCUGCUCUGUACGCAUUUCAUGAAUUUGAAAACCGCAGGAUUGACUCGGUGAAAGCCUUAAUCAAAAAGAAGAAUGAAAGCACUCCGAUUGAUUUUUUAAAUAUUUUCUCAAAGGUGCUCUGGACAGUGCAUUAGAUAGUAAAAAUGGACACCUGGACCUUUUCACACGCUUCCUUAUCGGGAUCUCUCACGACUCCAGCCGGGGCCUCCUUCAAGGACUUCUGGGAGAGACACUCAGCAGUUCAGAACACAACAAAAAGUUAAUUGGAUACAUCAAGGUGUUGAAAAGAAAGUCCCUCUCCCCAGAGAGAUGCAUCAACAUGAUCCACUGUCUGCUUGAGCUGAAGGACCACACUAUACUACAGAAUGACAACCAAGUAUCGUCUUCAGACACACCGCUAACUCCCUUUCAGUGCUCUCUCUUGGCUUUUAUGUUCAUGUCAGAGAAGCCUGAAGAGUUUGACUUCAGGAAUAAACAAACUUCAGAGGAGGGUUUCUACAGACUGGCUCCUGCUUUGCGGUCUUGCACUACAGCACUGCUCAACUGUUGUCACAUGACACCACUGCUAUGUGCAACUGUGGCCUCAGUUCUCCGAUCUCUGAUUCGUCCCACCUUGAAGCUUCUGACCUUGGACCUCAGCUACAAUGACCUUGGGGACUUGGGGUUGGAGUCCCUUGCUUUUGCCCUUCACGAGCGUUGCACGCUGCAGGGACUGAGACUCUCUGGUUGUUUGAUCACAUUGCCUGAGAACGUGUCCUCUGUACUGGUCAUAGCUUUGAGGUCCGACCCCUUCCAGAUGAAAGAGCUGGAUCUGAGCUACAAUCCCCUCGGAGACAUUGAAUUGGAUUUCCCUUUUCAACUGAAGCUGAACCUGGAGCACAGAGGAGAGAACAGGAAUAAACCAGGUCUGCAGAAAUAUGCAUGUGAACUCACACUAGACCCCAGCACAGCCAACUGUUUUCUCGUUCUGUCUGAGGGGGACAAGAAGGUGACGCGCCAGAGCAAGAAGCAGCUGUAUCCCAUCACCCAAGACGGGUUUGAUAAAUGCAACCAGGUGCUGUGCAAGGAGGGCCUCGACAAGCGGCAUUACCUGGAGGUGGAGUGUCUACACAAGGUUCACAUAGGCAUGGCCUACAAGGGAAUAGAGAGGAAAGGAACCGGUGAAAGCGUAACACUAGGAUGCAAUGCCAAUUCUUGGACUUUGUACGCCUCGAAGUAUCAGGGCCAUGCGCAGCACAAAGAAAUUCUACACAGGUUACAGCUCCCCAAAAUCAAAGCACAUGUGCCCUACAGGGUAGGAGUGUUUCUGGAUUGGCCGGCCGGCACUUUGUCCUUUUACAUGGUCAACCAAUUGGGCACACUGACCCAUCUGUAUACAUUCCACACCACAUUCACUGAGCCUCUCUAUCUUGGGUUUGGACUGAACUCUCCGACCGCAACCAUUCAUCUCUUAUAGUCACAGCCUACGACACAGUCUUACAGACAUGUUUUGCUGUGUCACAUGGUGGAGUGGGAGAGGGGUUUAGACAGUGGUGUAAAGUACUUCAGUAAAAAUACUUGAAAGUACUAAAGUUGUUUUUUUGGGGGUACCUGUACUUUACUAUUUAUAGUUUUGACUUGGACUACUUUUACUUCACUACAUUCCUAAAGAAAAUAUUGUACUUUUUGCUCCAUACAUUUUCCCUGACACCCAAAAGUAGUCAUUACACUUUGAAUGCUUAGCAGGACAUGAAAAUGGUCCAAUUCACACACUUAUCAAUAGAACAUCCCCACUGCCUCUGAUCUGGUGGACUCACUAAGCGCAUGCUUGGUUUGUAAAUGAUGUCUGAGCAUGCCCCUGGCUAUGCGUAAGUUUAAAAAAAACUAGAAAAUGGUGCAGCCUGGUUUACUUUAUAAGGAAUUUGAAAAGAGUUAUACUUUAACUUUUACUUUUGAUACUUAAGUAUAUUUUAGCAAUUACAUUUACUUUAGAUACUUAAGUAUAUUUUAAACCAAAUACUUUUAGACUUUUACUCAAGUAGUAUUUUACCGGUUUGACUUUCAUUUAUACUUGAGUCAUUUUCUAUUAAGGUGUCUACUUUUACUCAAGUAUGACAAUUGGGUACUUUUUCUACCACUGGGUUAAGACUGUAUUCUCUUGUAUCAAACGGAGCAGGUCCCUCGGCUUUAAUGUCAUGGUAGGGGACACAAUGGUUACUGCCAAAGAUACCAUAAGCUACCUUGGAUGGAAGUUAGAUAGAUGACUAUCUGGCGACAGUUUGGCCUUAAAAGCUCUCAACCAAGCUUGGUUAACUAUAAGGUGUCUGUACCACAUCCAUACUGUAAUGCAAUUGUUUUAUGCAUUAAAGAAAAAAACAUCA